AAUUGAUCGGUAUGGCUCCAACAUCAGCUCGAUUGGCAUCAAACAUACCAGAAGAGGAUCGAGCUUUUUUCAUGGUCAUGGACAUUGUAUUCAGUCCACAUCAACAUUCGAGCGCUGAACUUGGUUAUUAUUAUGAGGCCGAAUGUGAGGAUACAUUCUCGAUGCAACGAUUUCAAGUGGCUGCUAAAUUCUUCCAUCAUUAUGAUCAGUAUCGGCCAUUAAAACAAUUGAGUCGGAUAUUGGUCAAAUAUGUCAACAUUAGCUCUACAUCUGGUUCUCUAUCCGCUAAUGCUCAGCAUCGAAUUCGCAAUCAAUUGAUCAAAGAAUUUGAUCUGGUCAAACAUAAUGCUCAUUACGGUCUUGUUCCAAUGUAUUCAAUCUGUUGUCGAGUACCGAACGUAUUCUAUGUAUUCAUGGAUCGUCCAGAUGAAACUCUGGACGAAUAUCUAUUACGUCACAAGGACAACAUGUUGCCCAAUUAUUCAAGUCAAUCAAAAUCUUUUCGGCCUGUCUCUCUCAUUCCAUUCGAAUCAACCCGAUUCAUAUUACGAUCUGUGUCGAAUACUUUACUGCGGUUACAUGAGAACCUAAUCUUUCAUGGCCGAUUAUCAGCCAAUUCGGUGUUCAUACGAUUCAAUCAUCACAACCAUCAUCAUUGGACAAAAACAACUACCGGUGAUAUAUCAUCAGUUCGUUUGGCCAAUUUGGCAUUCGCUCAAGUGUUUAAGCAUCCACAAACCGAUCAAGAACAAUGUCGAAUCGAUGAACAACAAAUAGAGGUGCAACAAACCAAAGAAAUGAUCAAUUUAUACGAAAUGGCUGUUCGUGUGGGAGAAUGCACACAAUUUGAAUCGAUACAGCAAAGAGAUCGAUUUUACGAUACACUAUCCUUGUUGCUAUAUACCGAUGAUACCUGUUCGAUAGCAAGCAAACAAUCAACGUUACAAAAAUUUUCCCAGUUUCUUUAAACCAAUUGAUGAUGAAAUGUGGGGAGAAUGUCUAUGUCUACCCUUCACACUUUAAUUUGUCAUGUGAAAUUCAAACAAACAAAAAAUAUAUGACCAAUAUAUUUCCAAUAUUCAAUGCACGUCACUGCUUACUUGGAACAUCGCCUAUCACGUUUUUAUUUGACAUACGUCAGCAUCAUUAUCGAGAUGAAUCGAUCGAUCGAUCGAUCGAUCGUAG